UUUAACUUACUUCAUGCCUUUAUUUUUUUUUUCCCCUGGAGUUGCAUUUUGGGUUUUGACUUUCAAGGGACGUUUCUUCUCCAUCCUGGUUGGAGGUGAUAAUGACUGAGCUGCCUUGGUGCGUCAGCAGAAUGUGGUUUAACCCCAACACCCGCCAGGCCUGCAGUGAUUUGUUUGUUUGUUUGCAGGGGAUACGCAGUCCUUGGAAUCCUUUUGUGCUUCACAGGAAUUACUGCUUUAUGGUAACUUCUUUUAAAUGACUCUAAAUGCUGUUGAAUUAAUUAUAUUGAAGUAACUUCACCAGUGACCUUGAGCAAAAGUUACUUCCAGCAGAAUAUCUCCUGCAUUUAUGUACUGAAUUAAUGCCCGUGCGCUUCUUCAGGUUCAGCUAUUGUUUCAUGUACCCACAUGUAUGUCCUUUAUGGGAACUAGUUAUUAUUUUAAUUGUAUGCAAGAAUAUGUAUACAUCUUUUUGAGCAUUAUUGUAGUAGGGAUUGCAGAACUGUUUGCCAAUAAAAAUACGGUAUCUAAAUAUGGGCAAUGCAGAGACUUACCUGCAGAUGUACCUGAAAAUUACUUUGAAAAUAGCAAUGUGGACUUGGGUUUGCUUAUUAGUUUUCUGACAAAGUAUAUCUACAGUGUAAAGAAGGUUUUUUCUUUUGCACAAACCUGGGUGCUCAGUAAAUCCAGCGGUCUUUUCCUCCUGUUCUCUAUCACUAACCCAAACUUCUGUAUAAUCAUUGGUGACAGAGAAUCAUCAAGCCAACCUGCCUGUUCAGGUAAGCCUGAGACUCUAAAAAUCCAUCCUGGGUGAGUCCUGCAGCCCUGGUGUUGCUCCCAGUGGAUUAGCUGUUGGUAAGUGAUUGAAGGAGUAGGCAGUUCUUGUUGACCUGCUUUUCUCACUAAAGCAAGGAGGCAUGUCUGACCUUGGACAGCUUUCAGGAGCUACGCUGGUGAGCAGAAGGCUGUUUACGGUCUGUUAUUUUUAAGGACGAAGCUGUGGUUAAAAAAUAGUCCUUUCCUAACAAGUAUUCUUUAAUACAGUUCAAGAUGCACAGACGGGAACCUAAAGAAGAUACUUGCAGCUGACGUGAACCUGAUGUGAGCAUGAGCAUCCUAACUGCAGAAGGUGCAAUUUCUACCUUUUGGGAAAUGUACAUCAUGCAAAGUAAAACAUUGGAGUGUUGAGGUUGUUUUACUUCAAAUUUUACCAAAACUCACCACCUACCAAGUUCAUUUGUUUUCCCUUGGCUGCCGUCACUGAAAAUGGAGCAGCUUUCCAUACUCACAUGCCUAUGGAGCACUAGUUCUUAGUGCCAUCUUACACUUUGACUCCUGCUGAUUGGGCUGCUUUUGUUGUCUGCCUUCUCUUUGCAGAAGGGCUGUUAUGUUUCCUAAUUGAUCAGAACUUAACAAGCUAAGCUUGGAGGAGAAAAGGCGGCUUGAGCAGUUGAAUUCUUGCCAUAGGAACUGGUUCACAUAAUGAGAUAGUUGACGAUGGCAUUCUGUUAAAGCUUCAAAAAAGAUUGAUAAUGAUUUCCCAUCCUUGAAUAAUUCAGUCUGAGGCCUUUUUAUUUUCAACUUGUGUAUUUUGCAGCUGUGGUUUAGCAGAAUCUCUGCGGAAAUGAAAGCAAUUAGAACAUUUUAGAUUUAAAUUUCUAGCCGUGUUAAGGCUGUUAAGGUUUCUUGAUCUAACAGGACUAUGCAAGCAUGGGGUUGAGCUUUGUGAGGGCAGCUUGUGCACGUCUCACUGCAAACCCAUGAGCAAUUCUUUGUGAAUUCGCUAAGGGGCUACAUCGUGGUCACAGUUAGCCACAGGUCCGUGUUUUUGCAGGAGAACAAAAAAUUUAUAGUCCCUGUUUACUUAAUGGUAGGUCAAGGGGCCAGUCCUGCAAAUCAUUUCUCAUUGUAGUUGCUCUUGUAUGGAAAAUUUUGUAGGAGAUUGUGUCGAGCUUUUUUCUUCUCCAUUUUUUGUUUCCUUAUGCUGUUCUUUUAACUUCUAACACUGUAGGCCACAGAGACGUUUUGUGGAGAAUAUAAUAUUGGAAAAGAACACUUGAUGAAGCAUCUUGUGCAAGAGAAAUACUCCCUGUAAGAGGAAAUCAUUCAUGGCUUUUAGCUCUUUAAAAACCCAUCUUAACACUCCUGCUGAGUUCCUUUCACUCUCAAGUAAUGCAGAGGAUUAGUCAGCAUCAUCUAAUUAGGCAGCAGCAAAGCAAAGAUUUUUAACUGACUCUGCCCUGAUUCAGUCUCCUUUCAUAGGACUUGCCCAUUGAAACCAAAUGCAAUAAGGACAUUUUAUUGAUGGCAUUUGAAAUGUCAGAGCAAUUGUGAGGUGAGACACUUAAAUGAGUUUUGCACCUGAGGAGGAAAUUCAAGGUCAUCCUGUGCAGUUUCUAUUCCCGUGUUCUGUGGGAGUCUGCAGGUAUCUGGAAUACCUCUGGGCUGCUUAAUAGCUCUAGUGGUUUGAGAGCUUGGAUUCCACUCCAUCAUUCUGGAAGGAUUGGAAUAAAAGAGCUGCUGGAGAACCUUUCUUUCCCAUUCCUAUAAAUCUGUACUGCCCACUUAGCAAUGGUACCUGGCAGGCCCGGAACAGGAGAGCGUGUCUUGGAUUCUUUUAGAGUCUCAGGAUCCAAGAAAACUCUAUUUUACAAUAUAACAACAAGGACCAGGAGAAGUGGCUUCUAUUGGGGUUUGUCUUGGCUCUUCAUUUCACAGAAGCACUUCAGCACAUACUUAACUACCCAUAGACCUGCGUGUUACGCGCUGAGCAGCUUUCUCUGCCUGUGGACCUCGCUGAGGAAUGCUGACACUUCAGUUCAUGUUUGCCUAUGAGGACAAGCUGGAUUUUACUGCUUUCACAGUGGUUCACAUAAGAUUACUUACAGCUGAGGAAUUUGGGAACAACUCGGCCUUUUCUGAGGAGAGAUUAUUACUAUUAAGUUUUGCCAAUUGGGGCAUUAGGUCGGCAUGAAGGAAGAAAUUGAUCUUGAGCUUUCAAACAAACAAGCAAACCAUUUGUUCUUAGGAAAAUGAGAGGUUUUUACAAGCAUGUAGUUGACACUGUAUGCUUUUAAAUGAAAGACAUUGCUGUAGAUGAUAUAUUACCUGCAAUUAACUGAAAUAGCUGGCAUAUGAUAAGACAGGACAGGAUAAGAGUUUUCUGCUUGAUUCUGUCAGAACUGCUUACUGCUUUCUAGGGGGAAGUGACAUUAAUCAGAUCAGUCUUAUCGCUGGUAUUGAUAAUGAAUCAGUAAAUUGUUCCUAAGCCAUUAUGAAUCUUUGCAACUCCCAGUUUCAAUGUAGGUCCUUGAAAUGGAGCCCACAAACAAUCUUCUGGGGAGGGAAGGACAUGUCCCCAAGGAGCACCGAUUAAUGCCACUGGAAUGUCCCUUUUGGUGGCUGUGAGUCUGUCUGGCUGUUCUGACCCUGCUACACAAAUGAGGUUGGAGAUACAAUCCCCUCCUUGUUGUAGAGCUGAUGAGGAGCUCUUCUGAGGAAGCUAAUUAACCAAAAAUGUAGAAGUUGAAGAAGUGAGAAGAAUCUGAUUUUUUUUUUACCUUUUGGUAUUGUAGAAAGAUUGAAUAUGGAGAAGUUAUUUUUCCCUGCCUCCCACAGCCCCUCGGGAGCACCAUCUGCAAAUCAUUUCUCUUUUACAGUCUAUGGACUACCAGAGUAGAUUGAGCCUGUUUUUCCCAGACUUGAGAGGAGAGAUUUCUAGGGACAAGUCUACCUAACUUUCCAGUCAAGCUUUGCUGCUUUCUUCCUUAUUUUUCUAUUUUAAGGAAUGUUCUCAAUAUAACAGUAAAAGCAACGUAACAAUUAAGGAGCUGCAGUAAAAAAAAUAACUAUUUAACUUGUCUGACCCAUUGAAGACACCUUUGAAAUGAUGUUCUGCAUGCAGAUCUUCUCAUUCCUGAUGCUGUGCUGGGCAUACAGCAAUGUCAUGUGGAAUCGGGGUGACCGUUUCUGGUCCAGCGGUUCCCCUUUGCUCAUCUGACACCCUGAUGUCGUUUUUGAGCAUUCUGAACCUUUAAUAUCACGUUGCCUUUACAGUCUGGUCAAUGUUGCAGGAUGAACGUUAGAAGGAGAUCUUAUUUUCACGCUAUUUUCACUUUGUUAUUAUUUUUGUUUUUAAGGGGUACCUUGUCUGAGGCGGUCCUAAGGUGAGUCAUGUCUAUAUAAAUAGAACUGCUGAGCACAUCGGAUAAGCUGCUGUGUGCAGAGGACAAAAACGCUUCAGAGGAAGGAAAGACGCCUUGUUAAAAUAAUCACAUAAUUGGAAAUGUCUGUCCUUUAAGACUGCUGCCAGGGGUACCUGCCACAUCAUUUUUUGCUCCUCACACCCCCUCCUUCAAGUGCAGGUUCAUUUUAAAUUGUAAUUCAUGCAUUUCUUAGACCACUGAAGUUUCAGCAGAAAGCAUAAGGGGUGGAGACAGCUGCAGUACAGAUGUGGGUGCUGCACGUGUGCUUUUCUGUACAGUGAGUGAAACUGUAACCUUGUUUAUCCCCAGUUCCUUCACUCCUGAUAAAUUUGAGAAUCCACAUUUUUAUAUUCCCUAUUUCCCGUAUAAGUUGGGGAAUGACCUAUUAGAGAGCAGCGUAGGGGAAAGGGACCUGGGGGUGCUGGGGACAGCAGGGUGACCAUGAGCCAGCACUGGGCCCUUGUGGCCAGGAAGCCAAUGGUACCUGGGGUGGGUUAGAAGGGGGUGGUCAGUAGGUCAGAGAGGUUCUCCUGCCCCUCUGCUCUGCCCUGGGGAGACCACACCUGGAAUCUUGUGUCCAGUUGUGGCCCCUCAGUUCCAGCAGGACAGGGAACUGCUGCAGAGAGGAGAAAGCCUUUCCUUCUGGACUGAAGUUUAGGGUACUGGGAAGAGCUCAGCACAUCAGCUCUCUAGAGGUCACAGUUUGGGUUCAUCCAAAACAGAGGACGCCUCUCUUGUUGCUGUGAAACCAAGUUUGCCCAAAAAUUAGGAUGUGAACUGCUUUCUAUGCAUGGUUCCUACUGUGGUGUAGCUGAGCACACUGUGUUGUGUAGCCACGUGAAAUCCCAUGAUGUUGGAAUCUGUAUAAUUCUUUACGUGAUGCUGAAGUUUUUGUGUUCUCUUUUAGUUUGUCACUUGGUCUUUAUUUCAGUUAUCUUGGAUAUAACAUUGACAUAAAGCAAGCUAGUUCUUAUGGAAAAAAUACAGAAGAUUGAGUGCAGUGGAAAUUCAGACCAGAGGUAGAUCUUAGCUUAGUUCCUAGGCUAGGCUUUGAAAAAAGGAACUGUAUAUGCUUGGUUAGUAUGCACUGGGGAUUUCUGGAAAGGCUUUACUUGCUGAAAGUCAGCUGCCUCCAUGUGAUGUGUCAGGGUUUUGUUUCCACCCAUUCAUCCCUGAUCCCACCCAGUUGGUGUGAUGUGAGUAACUAAGGGCUCUGAAAUAAAUCAAAAAAAAGCCAAAUACUGGUUGGCUAAUAGAGGAAACGGGGCAGCAUAUUGUGAGCUUUAUGCUAGAAAAAAGAAAACUGGAGUCCUUUGUAUGGUUGUAUUUUUAGAUAUUGGGUGCAUGACAGCGACAAGAUAGGUGCUUAAUGGAAUUAGAACCUCUCUGCCAUUUGAUCUGUUUGCCUGUAGCUCAAACCCUUUAGUUCCAGAAUUAGAACAUUCAAAAGUAUGGCUCUCCAUCACACACUGGGCAGUCCAGUCGCAUCUUCCAACUUUAAUGAGAAGACGGUGCUGAUCUGUAAUGCAGAGUUCCCUCUUUCCGUGUCCAAGAUACAUUUGAGGGGGAUAUAUUUCAUUUAUAUGUGCAGUUCCCACCAUGUUCCUCAUUCCCUGGAGGGCAGGUGCCUGAGGUUUUGCCAUGCUGACUAUGAGCAGGUGGAUUGCACAGACACACCUUGGCCACGGCUUUGCUAAGCAGCUCUGCAAGCCUAAACUUGUCCUGAGCGGCGACUUGCUCAGACUAUCUGACAAAGCAAGAAAAGCAGUGUGGGAAUACUGAAAUUAGUGCUGGUUCCUCUUCACUUUGGAAUAAGGUUUCACUAACAAUAAGUUGCAGCGUGUACCUAUUUCAUCUACUUCUGGCAGGGAUUCCACAAGUGAAGAUUGAUUCGUGACUUAAAAACACAUGCCACGUGUUCCAUGUGGGAUAUAGAGCCAGGUAGCUGCUCCUUAGCUUCCUCUUCGUGCUGUUUCUAGUCAAGCUGAAGUGCAAUCUUCCUCUUGUGGUUUUGCACUUGUACUUUUUAUAGUACAAAAUUCAGAUAAAGUAUUUAAAGUUUUCAUUGCGGGUUCACCUGUGGACGUGUCCAAGUCUUUACUGCAUUAGUGCUGUGCAGAAGCGUCAUCCAACACGUCGCGUUGUGCAGAUGCUGCUGUAUUUGCAGUAAUUUACCUGCAGUAGAAAUAUGCAAAGGAAUUCAGGGUGGCAGUAACUGUCAUGGAGGUGUAAUAAUGCAUAGCUGUCUAAAUGGCCUUUGAAGAUGAUUAAUUGUGGAGGUGUGCAGUAGUGGCAAUGGCCUGGGAUUCUGAGUAGAGCCUUGAGCAUAGUUGUACGGGAGAAUGUGCGGGAAUGGAAACCCUCUUGGGGACAGGGAUUGGAAGGUGGCUGCUGCAGCCUGCACAGCAGUUAUUUUCUCUUGGUGGGGAAGGCAUGGCUUGAACCAGCCCUUCAGAAAUGCACUUUACUUCAACCAUAGAAAAGGAACAUCUGAUGUGAAGACUUGAAAGGCUUUUACGUAUGUUUUGUCAGUCAGAAAUUGCGUUCUGGUUUUCUCUUGUGUUGUGAUUCACUGAGUCCUUCUGGUAUUUAAAAAAAAUAUUCAUAUAACAAGGGGUUGAACAGGCUGUAAAUGACUGUGCUUUGUGGCUCAGAGAAGGCAAAUGUCCUGUCACAUGUUCCAGCAGAGAGCAGUUUGUGACCUGUGCCAUCAAUUAGCAAUGAAAUAGUUCUGCUCUUGGGCUAGGGGCAAGACUUUCUUUUAAAUACUUUAGUUUCUUGGUCCCAGCUGUCGGGUGGGUCUGCACGUUUUCUGAACGAGCUCCAGUGCGUGUUGAGCAAUGCCUUAGCGAAAACUGCCGUUGUAAUGUACGCUGGGAGAAUGGUGUUGCUUCAAGUCGUUUACUCAAACGCAUAUCUCAGCAUCGAAAUAUUUUCUCAUUAAAUUCAUUUGCUUGUGGAAUCAAAAGCAGUCCUACAUUAUCUUGUCAUGUAUAUAUUAUUAAUUGCGAUCCAUUUUAAAUUUAAUGAAAAAUUAUGUGAAGAGCAAGAGAGAAAGCUGUCUGCAGCAUCCUUGCUCUUUGCCUGGAUAAACUUAAGCGAUCAAAGAGGUUAAAUUUAAAAUCCACUCUUACUCAGCAUUUUUCAGUUCUUAAAUGGAAUGGUGUUGAAACUCUGGGCAACUAUCAGAGGAGCAAUGAACGUAUUGGCAGAGGUGACAAGCCAUGUUUGACUUGGAUAAUCUUAUUCUUUAGGUGGUUGACAGAAACUUCUGUUAGGAGAGAAUAGUCUGAAAGAAGACUUCUUGGUGCAGUUUCCCAAAGUUAAUUUAGGUAUUAGAACACUGAAUCAUUAUGCAAAUUAAUUAUCAUUUUUGCGAGCUAUCAACCUGGAAGUUAGUGAGUCGGUCAAGAAUGCAAUUGUGUCAUAAAGCAUAAAGAAGCUUUCUGGGUUGGAGACUUGUUCUUAAAUUUGAUUUGGCACUACCCUCUGUCACCCCAAGGACUAAGAGAAAAUGUUUCCAGGCCCAUUGGUGAUUUAACAGCAAAUUGGAGCUUACAGUCGGUGAUAUCAUUCUGCCUGCUUCUCUUAAUUAAAAAAAACACACCACAAUUUGGGUCAAAAUUUUAAUUUUGUUUUGCUAUUAUUAUGAUAAUUUAAGCCCUAAAUAAGGAUAAAAUAUAGCUGUCUGGAGACCAGAUCUUGUCUAUGAAAAAUGAUCCAUUACUGUCGAGACUGUCUCCAGCAGAAAUAAUGAAGCUUUCCUGCAGUAAAGCUGCAUUAGUUUACAUCAAACCGUAGCAGUUUUGAGCCUGCUCCUCCAAGAGGUGCCUUAAACACCUUUUUAAAAUGUGACACUUAUGUGCACAGCAGUAUUUCUUUAUGACUAGUGGAUUCUUGUUAGCUGUGAAACAAAAUACUGAUUAUUGUUUAGUGAUAGAAUCCCAAGCCCUGGUCUUGAAUAAAGGUUGUACUGAAAAAGGUACAAAUAAGAAGUAAGACAGUGUCUCUGGCCUUGGUGCGUUUACAAAGUGCAAGACAACAGCUGGUAUCUGAUGAAGACAGAGCCGAAAGGAGGGGCUGGAGAUGCUAUCUCUUGGCAUGACUGACACUGAUAGUGUCACAGAGGCACAAGAAGCCACAGCAGGGUAUGAGCUGCUGUGUCCCAGACACCUGGGUGCUGUUGGUGCAGGAUUGCUGUUGGUACGGGAUUUCUGAACUUCUGUGCACUAGCAAAUGCAUCUUCCCUGGAAUACUAAUUGGUUCCAGUUAGUUGGUGAGAGUCUCUUUUGGAGCUCUACAGUAAAUAUAUUUUAAUUUUUCCCCACAUCUACUUCUGUUUUGCUGUGAAGCACAGUAGUAGAACUUAUACCCGUCUGUUGAGUUUUUGUGCUUUAUGGCUUUGUAAAAUGACAGCUUUGUUUUUGCUUUGUUGCUGUUUCGUUCAGCUUGGAUUGAACACGGAUCACUUGAACUAGCGGCUGCAGAGUUGGGUUUUAGCUUCACUCUUUGCAGGAGCAGGUUACCCUCUAUCUGUGGUUACCUUGGGGUGCAGCGCAGUAUCUCACUGCACUAAAGCUGGGUGGUGAAUUUGCACAGGCUUUCUUACCUUGUUUUCACAAGUGUUGGUGCUUUGGGGUCUGGGACCAAUGUGCAGUUCUGCUCCUGGCUCUGUCCCCAUCUUCUGGUGCAAACACCUGCACUCUUGCUUCUGUUUUCUCCUGUCAUGGAGUUAGACUCUAGUUGAUUUAAGUUAUUCACUCAAGUCAGGGAGGUCACAACCGCUAGUUGAGGGUUAUAAUCCCUGAGAUAGUCAUAGUCCAAAGUCAUAGACUUUGGAUGUGGUGGGGGUGACUGAGGGGGAAGGAGCAUUGUGAUGGUUCCUGAAGCCCGGCAGCUAUUGCUACAAAGUUAGGUUUUUUGUCUAAAUGGGCAUGUUUUCUCCUAUUCGGUUCUUCUGUCUUUAGCUUGUCCCAUUCCUGUGUGUCUACUUGGGUGAAGCAAAGAGAAGUUAGCAUUGAGAAGCAGUCCUGAGGCUUUCUAGGCACAGAACGGGUAUAACCUGUUUGACGUUGCUCACGCUUUGCCAAGCUCGCAUCUUCCCCCUCUGCUGUAAGUGCUGAACUGAUGGCUGGCAUGACUGUGUCCUUAUGCGUUAGGUCUAAUUAACAAGGUUAUUGUCGCUCAGUUAUGCAGCAUUUAGCAAAACACUUUUAUCUAGCCAUUUAAAACAAAAAACAGUUGCAUGAACUGUUUUGCAUCGUUUGGGGUUGCGUAGCCUCUUCUGUUGAAUUCUAAACAACAACAAAAGUGGGUUUACUCAGUAAAUGUCUUUCUAAACUUGGCAUCUCACAGAGUCCAAAGAGCACGCAGUGUUUCACACACCUGGAAUCUGCACUUAAACUGAUAACUGAGAAUAUCCUCAGCAAUCCUACUGAGUUGAAAGGAACUACGUGAAAGAUCAGGUGCACUUGGAUUAUAUGUUGAAUUUCCAUGGGCUGUGUCUGGACAGUAUCUAAUACUGUUGGUUACAAAUUACAGCUUGCAUGUGUGAGCUAGAGCCUCAGCAAAUAGUAGCAGUAACAAUAAUACAGAAAAGUGGGGCCCUUUUACAGAGGUGAGAAUAGCUCUGUGGUUUGUUCCAAUACAGAGAGAUUAAAAGCAGUUGAUCAAGGUCACGCAGCAAACUAAUGGCAAAGCCAGGACUGAGCGCCACUCAUUCAUCAUCCAAGCUUUCCUCUUUAUUUGCUAGACCUCACUGCCUCUUACAGAUAUCUAAUCAUCCAGACUGCUGCAGUGGUGGUCGGAUGAAAGAUUUCAGUCUUUUAAUGGGAUUUGAAAGUUGGAUAAUAAUACUCAUUUCCUAUUUAUGGUUUAGAAAUGUAAUAUCAGUUUUGCAACACUACUUUUAAAACUGGCUGCAUAAACACAGAAAUAAAUUAAGCCCUACAAGUCUCCUCUAGGAACACAGUAAAUAUUCCCAUUUUCAAAAGGGAGGAUGCUGAAUAGCAAACACAUUGAUGUGAUACAUCCAAGGUUAUACGGAAUAGUCUCCUGCUUCUGACUCUUCCUGGUCACGUGCAUCAGAGUUGCCAAGGUUUUAUUAUUAGGGGUACAAACCUGCAGAGCAGGUUCAGGACAUCCCUGCUUAGGUACGUGGUUCACAGGACAAAGAAAUUCCUUUUCCUCCCUCUCUGCUCCAGCUCCGAAAGGGUUACAGCUCAAAUGCCUGAAACAGCCUCAGGAAAACAUGAAUCAGUUUGAGUGAGGGAAGGCGCAAUGGGAACCCAGAAUUGCAAGCUGUUGUGUGCUUUUCAUUUAUGUAUCUAUCUCUACAGCUUUUUGGGGGGGUUGUGAGUGUGUCUGAGUGUGUAAGUGUGAAUGUGCAACAUGGAGGGAGGGAGCGGAGCUGCUGCUCUUGCCUUCUCUGCCAGCUCCACGGCAGCUUGCACUGCGGGAACGGGAGGAACUGGCAGCAACCUGAAUGAAGCUGAAAGAAUGAUGAAGUCCUCUGUACAUUCAGAAGAAGAUGACUUCGUCCCAGAGCUUCAGAGGAGCAUCCAUCCCAGGGAGAGGCCGGAUUGGGAGGAGACUCUCAGCGCUAUGGCAAGAGGUGCAGAUAUCCCCGACAUAGCGGGGGAGCUGCCGCUGCGGACCUGCGGCAGCACAGCCAGCAUGAAAGUGAAGAAUGUGAAAAAAUACAUCAACCCGGGACUGAUGGGCUGUGAUGCCUUUCACAGGUUAUCCUUUACAAAGGGUCAUUUCCCGAAGAUGGCUGAAUGUGCACAUUUCCAUUAUGAAAAUGUGGAUUUUGGCAACAUACAGCUUUCGCUCCCGGAGGAACAGAAUGAAGUAACGAGGAACGGCUGCGAAUCCAAGGAGCUGGUCUACCUUGUGCAGAUCUCUUGUCAGGGGAGGAGCUGGAUCGUGAAGCGGAGCUAUGAAGAUUUCAGAGUGCUCGAUAAGCAUCUUCACCUGUGUAUCUACGACCGGCGGUUCUCCCAGCUCUCCGAGCUGCCCCGCUCCGAUGCCCUGAAGGACAGUCCGGAGCUUGUCACCCAGAUGCUGAUGGCUUACCUGGCACGUCUCUCUGCCAUCGCAGGCAACAAGAUCAACUGUGGACCCGCGCUCACAUGGAUGGAGAUUGAUAACAAGGGGAAUCACCUGCUGGUCCAUGAGGAAUCAUCCAUUAACGUUCCUGCUAUCGCUGCUGCCCAUGUUAUUAAGAGAUACAUCGCUCAGGCAGCAGAUGAACUGUCCUUUGAGGUGGGAGACAUCGUGUCUGUUAUCGAUAUGCCGCCGAAGGAGCUGACCACGUGGUGGAGAGGCAAACACGGAUUUCAGGUUGGAUUUUUUCCUAGUGAGUGCGUUGAACUAAUUAACGACAAACUUCCUCAGUCCGUGACCAAUUCUGUGCCAAAACCAGUGUCCCCUGCCCACGGAGCCCGUCCAGCGUCCUGGAGCUACUUCCCCCCUUAUCUGGAGCUGGAUAGUGUAAAGCCAGGCUCUGCAUGUCUUACAGAGGCUCUGAACCAGGCCCAGCUGAGCUCAGUGUCAAAGAAGCACGGUAAGCUCAUCACCUUCCUUCGGACAUUCAUGAAGUCGCGCCCAACAAAGCAGAAACUGAAACAGCGGGGAAUCCUGAAGGAAAGGGUGUUUGGCUGUGACCUGGGAGAGCAUCUUCUCAACUCUGGACAUGACGUCCCCCAGGUCCUCAAGAGCUGCACUGAAUUCAUUGAGAAACAUGGCAUUGUGGAUGGGAUAUAUCGUCUGUCGGGGAUCGCGUCCAACAUCCAGAAACUACGGCACGAGUUUGACUCGGAGCAGAUUCCUGACCUGACGAAGGAUAUUUACAUCCAGGACAUCCACUGCGUGGGCUCCCUCUGCAAACUCUAUUUCCGCGAGCUCCCCAACCCUCUGCUCACCUACCAACUCUACGAGAAGUUCUCCGAUGCUGUUUCUGCUGCUACCGAUGAGGAACGGUUGGUGAAAAUCCACGAUGUCAUCCAGCAGCUGCCACCUCCUCACUACAGGACGCUGGAGUUCCUAAUGAGACACUUAGCUCGUCUAGCUGAUUACUGCUCCAUCACAAAUAUGCACACGAAGAAUUUAGCAAUCGUCUGGGCUCCAAACCUCUUAAGAUCAAAGCAGAUCGAGUCUGCCUGCUUCAGUGGAACAGCCGCCUUCAUGGAGGUGCGGAUCCAGUCGGUGGUGGUGGAGUUCAUCCUGAACCACGUGGACGUCCUCUUCAGCUCCAAACUCAGCUCGGUCAUACGUGAUGGAGCAGGACACAGCUCUUUGUCCCGGCCCAAGUCGCUGCUGGUGUCCUCUCCUUCCACCAAGCUGCUGACGCUGGAGGAGGCGCAGGCGCGGACACAGGCCCAGAUCAACUCUCCUAUCGUGGCAGACAGCAAAUACAUCGAAGUGGGAGAAGGUCCUGCAGCUCUACAGGGGAAAUUCCACACAGUCAUAGACUUUCCAUCUGAAAGAAAAAGACCGCCCAGCAAGAUGAAGAAAUCACCAGUUGGCAGCUGGCGUUCCUUCUUCAACCUGGGCAAAUCGUCAUCCGUGUCCAAACGCAAACUACAGCGCAAUCCCAGCGAGCCCUCGGAAAUGAAAGCCAUAGCCCUGGCCGGUGGACGAGGAGACAGCGGGACCCUUCGCUCGGCCAAAAGUGAAGAAUCGCUCACCUCUCUGCAUGCGGUUGAUGGUGAAUCGAAACUGUUUCGACCCAGAAGACCCAGGUCCAGUAGUGACGCACUGUCCGCCUCCUUCAACGGAGAGCUCUUAGGAAACAUGAAUCGCUGCAACUCUUACGACAACCUGCCCCACGACGACAGCGAUGGGGACGAGGGGCUCAUCCAUGUUCCUGCCCUGAUUUCUCCUCGAUCUGCCGAAGAUGUCGACCUGAGCCCCCCAGAUAUCGGAGUCGCCAGCCUGGAUUUUGACCCAAUGUCUUUCCAGUGCAGCCCACCCCAAGCAGAGUCCGAGUGCCUGGACAGCAGCACCUCCCUGCUGGAAUCAGUCGGCAUUAAUAAGGAGAAGCCGAGCCUGCUAAAGAAGGAUUUAGAAUCAGGCAGCCAGUCCCAGACACCAGGCAGUGCCACGAGCUCUGAGCCAGUCUCCCCUUUCCAAGAGAAGAUGAGUCCCUUCUUUACUCUGGACCUGAGCCCCACAGAAGAGACAGCCUGCAAACCUCACACCUUCUCGCCCAAGGUGGGCCGAAAGCCCCUCAAAUCUCCGCCGCUGCCCACGUCAGAACCCGUCUCCUUCACGCUGCCCAGCCGCCUGUCAGAAUCAAUUGGAGGAGCGUCCAUCGCGGCCAGAAACUCCUCUGCUUCCAGCUGGAGCAAAGGGCUUGGCAUCGCCGAAAUCACAAACAGGUCCCCAACCCAGAUGUCCUUGCCCCUGAAAAACAGUGACACAGGAGCAGGGGAAGGAGCCCACCAGGAGCUCCAGCACGCCCAGCUAGUGGCUGCUGGCAAGGCAGAGGUGCCAGAAGAAGGGGAGAGACCAAUAUCGAGCAGUCAGAAUAAGACUGUACCCACUGGACACACACAGCCAGGAGCAGUUGCCCUCGACUCCCCCCAGGAUCCUGUUCCCGUCAGUUCUGUGUCUCUUAUCCCUCCUCCUCCUCCGAAAAACGCGGCGCGCAUGCUAGCCCUAGCGUUAGCCGAGUCCGCGCAGCAAGCGUCCGCCCAGUCCCAGAAAAGGCCAGGAGAUGCUCAUUCUGAAAGCACAAAUUACGGAGAGACGGAAGCUGGCACAGCUCUAGAAAAGCUCCAUCUCUCUGCCGGUGCUCCGGACAAGCUCCACCUGUACACCAGUCUGCCCGAGAACCGACUUCACUUCCAGACUGGGGCACCAGUAGAGCAGGAUUGCCAAGGUAGCGGCGCACCCGGGGAGCAGAACCACCCGCCGGGGGCACCUGGAAACCGGGACCCGGGGGAUGUGGCCGGGAGCAGAGAUGGGGAGCAGGAGCAGUCCGGCUUCCAUCCUGGUAAACUGGGGGACAAAGAUCACAUCCCCUCCCACGCUGGGGACUGGGAGCACAAACCCCACCAUGCUCCAGCUGCACUGCCUGACUGGGAAGCACCCACACCAGACCUGGCUGUAGAUAAGCCCCAAAUCCAUCCCUGCACCUCUGGGGACAAGCAGCACCUUCCUGCCUGCACAGCCGAUGACAAACUUCAGCCCUCUCCUGUUGCAGCCACCGGGGAGAAAAGCGCCUCGGCUCCGAUGCCGUAUUUAACAACUAUCCAAACAGCGACUGAGCCCAGCCGCGGGCCAGUGGGUCUGGCAGAUGUCCCUGUCACAGCCGCACCGCGCACCGCCAGCCAGCCCGCCCCGGCACACAGGCAGGACCACCAGUCCGCAACGGGACAAGUGCCAGCGGCCUCGGCAAAAGCACCAAGUAGUUCCAAUCAGGUAUGGGGCACAACUGCACCCGAAAAGCCACCUGAGCCCACGCCUGUUUUUGUCUCCGAAAACAGUUCGACCGCCCGCUGCUCUUCUUCCGUGCCCACGGGCCACCAGAGCCACCUGGAGAAACCUCGGGAGACCACCAGGGCUCCCCCGCUGCACCUGCGCUCCGAGUCCGUCCCCACUCACUCCUCCUACAGCUUCACGCCUCCUGUGCCGCCCGUGAGAACGCUGGAGAGCAAAAUCGCCGCCGCCAUGCACUCCAGCAACGCGGACGCCAUCAACAACUCCAAUUAUCAGGCCUUCCUGUCCUCCUCCAUGCUGGCCUCCUCCGUGGAGGAAGCGCUGCUGCCGCCGCCGCCUCCACCACCUAAGCACGCGUCCCAGCAGCCCGUGUACGUGCCGCAUCCCAAACCCGAGAGCAUCCCCGAGCCCUCUGGUCCAGACACCUACCUGCACCACAAGCCGACCUCCAUCCAUCAGUACAGACCCGAGAGCGUUCCUCCUCACCUCUCCUACCACAGCAAACCCGACCCACACCCAGCCUACCCGCCUCGCUCAGAGACACCCGCGGCCGCCCGCUACAACAGCUACAUGAACCAAGGCAAGAGCACCCCAGCUCUCCACUCCAAACCUCGCAGCCGGACAGAGUUCGUGUCCUCCGUGAGCCCCACGGGUCUGCGCAAUGCUGGCUACGCUGAGGACGCUCCUCCGUACCCCACUAUCCGCAGGGUUCAGUCGCUGCACGUCCCCACCCCUGCCGCCACAGCCAUCCGCUCCGUCCCCAUUUCGCGGACCGAGGUGCCUCCGGACGACGAGCCGGUGUACUGCCCGCGGCCGCUUUAUCAAUACAAGCCAUAUCAGCCCCACUCUGACUACCACGUCACUCAGCUGCAGCCUUAUUUUGAGAACGGGCGGGUGCAUUACCGGUACAGUCCUUAUUCCAGCUCUUCCAGCUCCUCUUACUACACCGCAGCCGACGGGAGCUUUUACGACCUGGAUCCCUACAGCACAGUGCGGGUCAGACCUUUCCACCCCCUGCCCAGCCGAGACUUUGCGUCCUACGCGUCCCGGCUGCAAAGCAAAGGUCUGUACCGCUAUCCCAGCCUGUCUGCCUACCCCCGGGCGGGGCUCAUCGGCCACCUGGCAGGCAAAGAGCACAGCUUCAUCAGCAGAGAUGUGCCUCCUGCCCCGGACAUCAAGCACAUGUACAUGUCGUGGGACCUGGAGGACAUGGAGAAGUACCGCAUGCAGUCCAUCCGGAGGGAGAGCCGCACACGCCAGAAGGCCAAAGGGCCAGUGAUGUCCCAGUAUGACAAUGUGGCCCCUGUGCUGCAGGAGGAGCUGGGGGGACUGGACGUGAUUCACUUGCGCAGCAAAUCGGAUCCUGGGAAAACUGGUCUCCUCACCGUGGCGGAAGGGAAGGAGGGGAGGUACCCGGCCAAAGCGGCUACGCCUGAGGGGGAUGAACGUUACUACAUGCAGCACCCCGAGCCGGAGCCGGACAGAAGCCACUACCACGGAGGAGCAUACGGGAACGGGCAGGCGGAGAAGCCGUCCCUUCCCCAAAAACAGAGCAGCGUCCGCAACAGGAAGGGGCACGAGCCGGGCUGCAACGCCAGCGAGCACCGGACGCACUUGCAGCAAGACGCGAGCCACAGGCAGCCUUCCGAACCCAAAAAUGGGCCCCCUUACCCCGAGUACAGACCUAAAGGUGGUCCUGAGCCCCCCGAGCCCAUCAGUUACCAGCACUCAGGUGGGAAGUACGUCCCGGCGAACCAGGAGACCCUGAGACUGAACCACAAGGAGGUGAGGUUGGUGGAGGAGAGGCUGGAUUUGGAGAGGUCUCGAACCAGACCGACCCCGUCCACGGAGAAACACUCCAGAGACUGCUAUAAAGAAGAGGAACACGCUGCCUCGCCCAUGGCACCGCCGCCCAAACCCGAACGGAGCCACAGCCUCCGAAUGCAGCACCCCGAAAGCACGGAGAGGGACUCUGCCCUCCUGUACCCCUACCAAACCCUGGGGAAACGCCAAAGCGCUAUGACUGUGGUGUCCCAGUACGAUAAUCUGGAGGAUUACCAUACCAUGCCUCAGCACCAAAGAGGGGGCUACGUGGGAGGAGGGGGGUUUGUGCCCCCUGGUUUUACCCACGUGCACAGUAGAACUUACGCCACGGCCCUCGGCCAGGGAGCCUUCCUGCCGAGCGAGCUGUGUUUGCAGAGGCCUGAGACAGAGGUGCACGUCGAGUGAGCUGUGGGGAACGCAGGGAUAGAGUCUAAGCAGCCUCUGCUGGACAGUGGACUGUUUUAUUUUUUCAGUGACAGAAAAAAAAAGAGAAAAAUACCCCAGUCUUGCCCCAAUGAGCAAAGCAAAACCCACCCUCAGCCCCCCUCCCAGCCCACCGCUCACCGUUUUUACCUAGUAGAGAUUUAGCUUUUUCACGUAGUUUUGAGACAACUGGAACGGCAGGGCAGGCUCUUGGCACACGGGCCGGGUAGAGCCCAAAGAGAUGCUGUUGGGGCAGGGAGGGAAGGAAAAAACCUUCCUCGGAUUCGACGUUGGCGUUAACCAGCGCUUCCUCACUGCACCUCCGUGGUCCCGUGCAUGUGGGACCGUGCAUGCUGCUGCUCACCCCGCCUGUCGUACAUGUAUUGUAAGCCAGCUAUGGAAACCAAGUAGGGCAGGUUUGCAUUUCUCAUCACAAAAGUACACCAAACCACACAUGCACAGUUGGGAACAGCACAGCAUUUCAUGGCAACUCCUCUUUGCUGCUAUCACAGUCCAGGCAAUUUAAUACCAUGUUGUGGCUGGCCAGACAGUAUCAUCUCUUUACAAAAAUAUUGCUUUUAAAAUAUUAAAAAAAAUCUCUAUAGCAUUAUGCCCAGCUAAACUGGAGCCCAACUUCCCAGCUGGGAACGACUGCGUAAGUGCUGAGUUACCCGCAUGAGCAGCUAUUUGCCCUGGGCCGGAUCCUGCCGCUCUUAGAUCGGGGAAAGCUCUGUCCUUAAACCAAAGGUCUGGAGGACACAACUUGCUGUAGCCUUUAAAUUCUGCAUCGGCAAGGGGAUCCCCACGAGGUCGCGGCACACGCAGAGCAGGUACGUGCUGUCUGUGCGUUGUGAAAUCGUGCCGCCUCCCGUAGCGCAGGUGUAGCUCACCCCAGUAUUCGGUCAGCCGGAGGGACAGAAGGCCAGUGCACUCUCUAGAAUACAAAUAACGUUGUCCUAGGUAACUUUCCAUAUUGUUGAAGAAGCCAGGCAGCAUCACGCUUGCAGCCUCUCACUUCCCAGGGCUUGCUACACCCCCCUGUUAAAAAGCACAUCCGUUUCACUAGGCAGAGCUUGCAAGCAAUACUUGAGAUAUAGGAGGUUUUUUAAAUGUUCACUGAUAAAUUCCAAAGCCAUUCCUGUCUUGUGCAGUUGAAGAACUUCUCUACCUGUUUGGAACCUCUCAUGUUUUAUUAAAGCCCUGGGGGUCGUGCAGUUGGCACACAGCUGUGUAAGUCAAAAGGAGCUCCCAUUUUUAUUUUAUUUUUUUUAACAAAAGUUUCACAGCUAUUUUGGGGGCUUUUAAAGCAUAAGGAAAACCUGCUUCUAGUAGCUAACCAGCCUUUAGCUGUUCGCUGCUUUUAAUCUUGUAGCCUCCUCUGAAACUGUUUCGGUAACACUACCUUACAGUAGCGUUACACUAUUUAUUGUGCAAUGCUGUUGUUUUAAGCAUUUUCUUUAGAAGAACUGUUCCUAUAUGUUACAGAAAUAAAUCCGGCAGUGAGAAAAGAGAAGAGGGAAAAAAGCAGCGCAGUGAUCCAGGUUACCGCGGUCUCCUUGAGAGUAAUUACCAGGUAGAGGGCUUGGGUUUUUUGUGAGAUAAUACGUUUUGCAUGCAGCUGAAGCAGGGACAAGGUGUUUGGUUCAGGCUACUUGGGAUUCAGGUAACAAGAGCUGGAGGUCAAAGCUCUCUCCACAAAAGCCUUAACUCCCUAGUCCUGCCCCUGCAGCAACACUCCUAAACCUCCGCUUUAGCCUUAUGUCAGCCAGGAUUAUCCUGCUCUGAGGGGGCUCCCGCUAAUUGUGAACACAUCUCUGGAUUUUCCUGCUCAAAGCCACUGUCUCCUUCUAGAGACCAAGUGCCAUCCCUGGCCAACUCGUAUUCCUUGAAUGUUAGUGCUGCUCCUGCCUGAGCCUGGGCUCCUCAGCUCGCUGCAUCGGGUGAUGCUGGAAGCUCUCAGAGAACCCAAACUUAAUUUCUGUGCACCAGCGGUGAGCCACAAAUACACAGAUUUUAAAAAUACACAAAUUAAAAAGGUUAAGGCACCCACUUUUCCCAGAUGAUAACACCAAUGAGCACCUUUCUUGGUGUUGCUGCUGCCUGCAGCUUAAGCACCUCCAUGCGAUUCUGCAGUCACCCCCGCAUCCACCCCACACCAAGCCAUACAGCGAGCUAUGCAGUUCUGCCCUUGCACUGUGGUUAAGCUCAUGGUCCUUAGAAAGUGUUUUACAUCCUCGUUAAUUCAAGAUAAAGUUAUAUUUUUCAAAAAAAUCACAGCUGAGAUUAAACAGGGCGUUAGGUGUCAGAGCGAGGAGGGGAGGUUGCACCAGUUGUCUCAAUGCAGGUCAGUUCUUGGCGUCCUAGCAGAGAAAUGGGAGAAAGCAAGGGGACAGCAAGGCAAACAAUCCUCUGGAUUAAAGUCCGGUUCUGCUCAGAUUAAAUAAUUUAUUGCCUAACCUUAUCUCCAGCCAGAUGACAAGCAUCUAUGCUCUUAAAUAAUUCCCUUCUACUUGCCACAAGCUACCUGCCUCUUAAACGGCCACUUCCUAAGUUUGCAGCCGUGUUUCUCCCCCGUGCAUGCAGGAGUUAGUGUCCAACAGCAUCCUCCAGCUCCGGAUUUCCAGCUCCGCUUGGAGCAGAACGUGCGACCCAUAGGAGACCCUCCUUAAAUGUUAGGUGAGUAGCGAGGACCCGGCCCCUAUGAAGUCUUAAGUGAAGCAUUAAUUUCUUAAGAGUCUUAUCAGGUGAAAUAUAUAUGCAUAUAUGACAAACCACCCACAACUUUGUGCCUAUGUCUUUCCAGAGAGCCUCAUGUUAUGCUCAUCGUUUGAAGGGGGGGUCAGUAGGAAUGCACAGCAGUAGUUAAGUAGCUACACAAAACCAACUUUAAAACGUCCUGUUCCUCUUUAACCCCAGAAAGGGACAGAACCUCACGUGCACUCUGCCAUCCAUCACAUCGAUUGACGUGUUACGUGUUAGGAAACCUGGAUGAGAAAUUCCUUUGAUUGUUUUUGUUCAAGGCGGCUUUAGGCACGCAGGUGUUUUCCCAGAGCCUCGUGCUCCAGAUCCCUGGCAUUGAAAGGCAUGGUCUGGUUAAAACCAACAUCCAACCCAAAACCUGCGUGUGCAGAGUCUUGCCUGGUCCAGUUGGGGGGAGGGAAGAGGGGGAGAAAAGGGUUGUUUUGCAGUUCAUUUUCCUGCUGUAAAAGACUUGAUUUUUUUGUUUCUUUUCCCUGAGCUGCAUGAGAGAAACAUCCCAGAAAGCCUUGGGUUACCUUUGGAGUUCCCCUUCACUUUAAUUUAUAUAGUGUCUUUUUUUGUGAACUGGUGUAAAAUGUAUAUGCCGACAAGCUCAUGUAUUUUUAUGUAAAUAUUUUUUGUGGUUUCCCCACUUGCCAUUCUCUGUAAAUAUUUAGAAUUCUCAUAUUCUUCUCACCUUGUAUGAUGCAGAUGUGGUUUUGUUCCUGUUUUUUAUUUGUACUGUAAUGCAACAAUCCAGACUGAGGUGUCUUGUGGUAUUAAACAAAAGCAACAGUCCCACUGAGCUCACACUCAGAUGUACAACUUGACAGCAUUAAUCAAGCCAGGUUAAAAACUA